AUGGCCAUUGCCGUUAGUACUAAGCUUAAGGCAGAGAUCUCCGGAAUUAUCCAGGCAUUUCUGUUGGAUAUUGGUUAUGAAUUUCCUCCCUUGAAACAAUCUUCCGCAGUUGAAGACGAAGUGAAGCUACACUUCAAACAUGACGGCUUUUCAGAUGAAUUCAUUUCGAAGAUCGAGCCACAGAUCAAGCCCGGCGUCUCAAUAGCAACGACGACCUUCCAAACAACCCCCUUCGAUAUACAAUGCACAGUGGCAAUAUUCACUACAUAUUCCCUCAUCAUUGAUGAUUUUGCCCACGACCCCGAGUUCAAGCGCCACCUAAAGCAAUUCAACACUCGUCUCUUAACCCGCCAGCCUCAAGGAACCCCAAUUCUCGAGAGCAUGGCAGAGUUCCUGAGCUCCUUCCAUUCUAUCUUCGGCCAAUUUGGCGGCGACAUGAUCAUCAAGGACUCACUGCAGUUUAUCAGUGCAUGUUACCUAGAAGCCGAGAGCGCGAAUCUUCAAUUCCCCAUAGAAGCGCAUCUAUUCCCCAGUUACUUUCGUCUGAAAGUCGGCGUAGCCGAAGCCUACUCCUAUAUGUUAUUUCCAACCUCACAAUUCUCCGAAGCUGAGCGGCUCCAAUACUAUCUGCCGCUGAUACCAUAUUUGACGUGGGGGUUCAAUUGGAUAAAUGACAUUAUGUCGUUUUACAAAGAAGUCGGCGAGACGGAUAACUUUAAUUUCGUUGCGAACGAGGCUAGGUGUAAAGGGUUGACUCAGAUCGAGCUUUUGAGGAAGCUUUGUGAUGAUACGAGUGAUGUUAUCCGGACUUUGCGUACGCUUGGGAAGGUCCAUCUUGAACUAUCGGGGGUUGUGGAGGCUUUUGUUUCUGGUUAUGUUACUUAUCACUUGACACAGGUGCGGUAUCGAAUGGGGGAUUUAGGUCUGACCUGUGUUUCUGAUGCGAGGGAAUGGUCUAAAUGUUUGGCUGAGAGUAGAGAACAAGCACUACAAGGGUGA